GCGGCCCGGGAUCCUGGUCCCAGUUCGGUCCCAGUCGGGUUUGUGUCGUGGAGAAGUUGGAGCAGAAGUUUCCGAUCCGGACCCAGGGAGUUCUGGGAGAUGAGCGUCCCUCUGUACGCCCCGACCCCGGUCCAGCCGGCCCACCCGACCCCCUUCUACAUCGAGGACAUCCUGAGACCCUCCUCCUCCUCCUGCUCCUCUCCGGUGGUCCCGACACCGACCCUGCCGUCCCCGAACUCCUCCUUCAGCCUCAUCUCUCCGUACCGGACUCCGAUCUACGAACCCACACCGAUCCACCCGGUUCUGACGGUCUACGGUCCGGGAGGGGGCUUCCCGGGCUCCGUGUACCCGUUCCCCCCGCAGCAGCACCGCUCCAUGGGGGGCUACACCGGGGCUCUGCUGAGGCACGACCCUCUGGGUAAACCUCUGAUCUGGACCCCCUUCAUCCAGCGGCCCCUGCACAAGAGGAAAGGCGGCCAGGUGCGGUUCUCCAACGACCAGACCGUGGAGCUGGAGAAGAAGUUCGACUCGCAGAAGUACCUGUCCCCCCCGGAGAGGAAGCGGCUGGCCAAGCUGCUGCAGCUCAGCGAGAGACAGGUAAAGACUUGGUUUCAGAACCGACGAGCCAAGUGGCGAAGACUAAAACAGGAGAAUCCUCAGGGCGGGAAACGGGAGGUGGAGGACGACUGUGUGGUCGGGAGGAGCAGUAAAGGAGACAAGACAUCAGAGGAGGUGGGGGUCCAGAACCCGGAGCAGAGACAGACGGGCCUGGCCUCCCAGGUGGAGCAGGGUGGUCACUGUGGACCCCCUCUGACCCUGCAGGAGACUCACACAGAUCUGGACUCUGAUGUGUCAGAGGACUCAGACCAGGAGCUGGACAUAGAAGAAUAUAAUGAGUUUACACUGAACCCAUAGUUCUGAUGUCAGGUCGGAUCCGGUCAGGUCAUCCAGCUGAGUAGUAAAGACUCGUGGGUUUUUAGUCAGCCCCUCCACCAUCACCUGUGUUCGUUUUCUCUGGUUUACAUGUCAGUGACACAUGAAAGGAUCAAAGCCCUUGAAGGAAUGAUGUCGCCCACCGCCUCUCAGGCCAGAUCUCUUCGUGAUGAGAAGGGAUGAGUCGUAGAGGUUUUAGACAAGGCUUGAAACUGAUGCAGGAUCUGAUGAGAUGUGAUCACCCUCAGAGGAUGUGUUGUAAAUGACUCUCAGCUACUACCACCUCAGAUUUUACAUGAGUGUCUGUAAAACUCCCUGUGUUGUGUUGGCUGUAGUCAGCUGUGGCGGUGGCUCAGUUCAGGGGCUGUGUCCUUCCAAGUUUGCAUUUAUCGGACAUUUACGUCACUGUCCCUCGCCGAGGGCUGUCCCAGUUCAUGGGCUCCUCCUCAUGGGGCCAACGAACACGGUCCAAAAAGUCCUGAAAAUAAAGGCUGCAUCUGAUUAUCUUUCCUGGCUGUGGAUGUCCCAGGAUUCUUUGCGCCGUCAGCAAACUAAACAGGAAAAGGAAGACGGCCGAGUUUUUUUUUAACCGAGUCAACAGAGUUUGGACAUUCUUCAUGGACCAAAGAAUUUGUUUUUAAAUGUAAGUUUAGCAACUCAGCUGAUUAAACUUUUGCUGCAAUGAGAUGUCGAAUAAAAUGCAACUACAAGUACUGAUACUGGAGCUAAAUUUUUAUUUAUUUACGUUUAAAGUUUUAUUUGGGAAGUUAUUCAUCCUGUGAAAAGACAUAUAAAACACAACAGCAUAGUAACGGGCUGAGUUUUAUAAAGUGAUAUGUGAUCAGUUAAAUUUUAAAGUAUAAAUUAAAAAUGAUUCUCAGCUACCAUCACAGCAAAUUUUAACUCAAUAAGAGUAAAUUUGACUCCGUGAGAUAUUUUGCUAACAGACAGACAAAUACACAUAGGGUCCUUUCACCUUUGGUGGCGGGCGACAUAAAGUAAUUUGAGUUUUUUGCAAAGCUGAAUGUGGAUCAGUUUUUUAUCUGUUUUGAAUGAUGUCCAAUAAUUCAGAAAAGUCCAAUAAAUCUGUUUUUGUUUCUCCUUCGUCAAGAACGUUUGAAUUUAUAAUCCACAGUUUUGUUUUGUAUUUGUGUUGUUCUGUAUGAUCUGUAUAUUUACUUUCCUUUUUCUGUUCAUUUGUUUUUGCUCUGAAUGAUGAAAACCUUUCUGUCUGUAUAAAAUGUGAUAUUUAGUGAAAUAAUCAAAAGUAGCAUCAAAGUUAGUUUGUUCAGUCAUUUCUAAUAAACUACAGUAUUUUAUAACAAGAA